AGAGCCAUAACCCCCUUCUCAUGUCUUUGUAAUAUUAUAUUCUAUGUUCAACUAUACAUUGCUACCUUUCUUCUAAGCACAAUUUCUUGUAGUCAUAUAUAUUAAAAUAUACUAUUUUAUUUUCUUUUUUCAUUAUUACUAUUGUAUAAAAUCCUCCUUUCACUUUUUCUGCCUAUAUAAGAAAAAUAUAUUAUUUAGCUUCAAUUCUUUAACCCCCAAACUUCCAGCUAGCUACUCUAUCCCUUGAAGUAUUCUUAAUUUAUCAUCAACCUUUGCAUAGUCCAGAUUGCGGUUCAGAUUGCAUAACUUAUAUAGCAGUGCAACUACGCUUGGCCACAUUUAUAAUUUAAUCAAGCAAUAUGGAAAUUUUGAAAAAAAAUUUGUCGUCAAACCACGUGCAUCGAUUUAUGAUACAACAUGAGCCAAUUCUGGGGAAUGCCAAAUGUGGUGUAUGCAAGGGUGAUAUUUCCGAACCUUAUUGUUUCUACAAGUGCGACUCCUGCAUCUAUCGUUACGCAGUCCACGAAAGAUGCCAUCAAAUCGACCAUCCCUUUCAUCCUUCCCACCCACUUAUAUUGCAUACUGAUACAGACUUCUUCAUAUGCAACUCUUGUCACAAGCGAGCCUUUGAUAAUGGUUACUAUGAAUGUGCUGAAUGUGAUUUCUAUAUGGACGUCAAAUGUGCGAGAAUGCCUUUGGUAACAUGUGAUGAUUUGGAUCAAGAGCACAUACAACAUUUUACUCACCAACAUCCCAUGCCACUUAUUAAUCCGAUUACAAGGGAUGGAUUUAACAAAGAAAACGAGUGCUGUGCAUGUCGCUUUCCAUGCUCAGGUAGUGAACCUUAUUAUGGUUGCGAAAGAUGUGAGUAUUUUUUGCAUAAAUCAUGUGCUCAGUUGCCACAGCAAAUCCAUGGUGCUUCUGUUCAUAAAGAACACCCUCUAACUCUUCAUAUUGCAAAUCGUGAAUUUCUUACUUGCACCUUAUGCAAAAAGAGUCAUUUCUUCUCUUUCGAAUGUGGUCAGUGUAGCAUUCAUUUUUGUGUGAAUUGUUCUACUAUGACGCAAGCCGUAAUGUUUGAGUAUCAUGAGCAUCCUCUUUACUUUCAUGAGAGGCUACACUCUGAUCUCGUCGACCAGUGUGACAGCUAUGAUUCUUAUUGUAAGAAUCCUAUUACGAGGGGUACUGAAGAACUCAAUCAUACCAAAUCAUCCAUGUUAGGCUGUGUCCAAUGCAAUUUCAAACUGCACUUGCUCUGUGGUCCACUACCCAGCACUAUCAAAUAUGAAUAUCACAUACAUUCUCUUCUUCUGGUUGAUCAAUUGUGGAAAAUGACUAUGGAGAAUACUGCUGUGAUAUUUGUGAAAAGGAAAGGGAUCCACGACUUUGUGCUUACUUUUGUGAACAUUGCAAGUUUGUUGCUCAUGUGCACUGUCUAUCUUCAGAGAUUAUAAAGGCAUUAAGAGGAGAUCUUAAAGAUAUGAAGCUGAAGACAGUAGGAAAUGAUCUUUGGAAAUUCUCCGAAGAAAUAAAUGAUAAUGUAAGAGUAGAAGAGACAGAGCAGGGUAUAUCAUUGACUUUAAGAGAUUUAAUACUUAAAUUACCUGACGAU